AUGACCCACGGGAACCCACCUGGACGACCGGCUACAGGAGAGAGUGCACAGCCUCGACAGCUGGAGGCCCUGCAGCAGCCUGCGGGUCAGCUGGUCCAGGUGCCGCUCCCAGAGGCCCAGCACGUGGACUGGACGCAGCCUGCAAUGGAGCAGAACGCCUAUUGCUAUGCAUGGCCUGGCCAACCCUGCAACGCCGCCAGGUCAACAGACCUUCAUGGUCAGAUCAAGAUCCCUGCACUUGCAAAAACUGGGUCUUCAAUGUCGACCAAAGUAUGGAUUCCUGACCCUGAAGAUGUGUGGAAAUCUGCUGAGUUACUGACGGACUACAAGGAAGAGGACUGCAAACUCCACCUUGGAUUGGAAGAUGGAACUGAAAUGGAGUAUCCAAUUAACCAAAACACUCGUGAGUUGCCGUAUCUACGAAACCCGGACAUCUUAAUGGGUGAGAAUGACUUGACCACACUCAGUUAUCUGCAUGAACCUGCUGUGCUGCACAAUUUGAAAGUGAGAUUUGUGGAGUCUAACAGCAUCUAUACGUACUGUGGUAUUGUUCUCGUGGCCAUCAAUCCAUAUGAGCAGCUCCCUCUUUAUGGCGAUGAUGUAAUUUACGCUUACAGUGGGCAGGAUGUGAGCGACAUGGAUCCCCAUAUUUAUACAGUGGCCGGGGAAGCGUACAGGCAGAUGGCAAGGCAUGACGAGAACCAAUCGGUUAUAAUAAGUGGUGAAUCUGGAGCGGGAAAGACCAUGUCUGCCAAGUGCAUGAUGCGUUAUUUUGCAACCAUUGGUGGAUCUGCGAGUGAAACUAAUGUGGAGGAAAAAUUUCUUGCAUCCAAUCCCAUCAUGGAGGCAAUUGGAAAUGCCAAAACUACAAGAAAUGACAACAGUAGUCGUUUUGGGAAAUACAUAGAGAUUGAUUUCAAUGGUCGGUACCACAUAAUGGGAGCCAACAUGAGGACAUACCUGCUCGAGAAAUCAAGAGUUGUGUUCCAGGUAAGGGAUUUAUUCCACACCAUCCGUUUCAAAUGAGGCUAAUGACUCGCUGACCUUGCUUUUGAUCUUGCUACGAAUUGAAAAUGUGCUGGUGACUUCAUAUUCCUUGAAGGAUGCCGAAGAACUGGUGGAGCUGCUGCCUUGCAGCACCAGAGACCCAGGUUUGAUUCUGAACUCGGGUGCUGUCUGUGUGGAGUUUACGCGUUCUCCAUGUGCCCGCUCGGGUUUCCUCCAACAUUCCAAAGACGUGCAGAUUUGUGCUGAGGUAUUGGCCUCUGUGAAUUGCCCCAAGUGUGUAGGGAGUGGAUGAGAACGUGGGAUAGCACAGAACUGAUGUGAAGGGGUAACUAAUGGUCAGCGUGAGCCGAAGGGUCGGUUUCCAUGCUAUAUAUCUUUGUGUGAAUCAAAAACCCAAUGGUAAAUUUAUGGAUAUUAAAACUGGUUUGCAGAUUAAAAGCUGUAUUUGUUAAUAGAAUAGAAUAGUUUCUUUAUUGUCAUUGUAACAUGAGCCAUGUACAACGAAAUUUAAAAAUGUCAGCCAGUCAGUGCACCAUUCAAACAUUUCUAAAGCUAACGAUACAUACAAGGUAAAAUAUUAAAAGAUAAACAACUAAAUAAAUAUCACGAAAAUAGCACGCAUACACACCCAACC